UUGAGUGUGUGUGUGUGUGAGCGGGUGUGUGUGUGUGUGUGUGUGUGUCUGGUGAGUAUUUAAGCUGUCACUCUGAGCUGUUCUCCUCACUCUCCUCUGAGCUGACAGAGAACACUGAUCGUCAUCAUCAUCAUCAUCAUCAUCCUCAUCUUCUUCAUCAUGAAGCUGAUUGGUCUGCUGCCGCUGCUGGGUCUCUUCUCAUUGGUGGAGGGGGAGGUCGUUGCCUCCUUUGCCGCUACUUGUCCUGACUUCUUCGUUAAGGACCAGAAUGGCGUACGCGUCCCUCCUACUGUGCUGGGGGGAGCGCAGUUCGUGCAGAUCUGCCAGAAGCACAAGAACGUCUACCGCUACGCCACGCUGUACGACACCCGGAACAGGAUCCCCGUCUACUCGGCCUACACGUACGCUGGAUACGCACAGACAACAAGAUCAGGGUCCUGGAUGAUUGAGCCCCAGCUUGAUGAUCCCAGGGCACAGCCAGAGAUGGGCACUGAGGGGAAAGUACCCGGGGACAGCCUGGGCGCCCACCAGGCGGUGAACUGUGACUACGAGAACACUGGCUACCAGAAGGGCCACGUCUACCCCCACUGCCACAACUGUGAUAAGGACCAGGCGGAGUCCACCUUCACCCUGACCAACGCCGCCCCACAGACAGGAGCAGAUAACAUCCAGUGGUUCAACCAGGUGGAGAAGCAAGUUACUGCCGAUAUUGGCAAAGGCUGUAAACCAAACACAGCCCAUGUAGUGACUGGGGUCAUUCCAGGGACAAGUUGGAUUAACACCAAUGUAGUCAAGAACAGAGUGAACAUCCCCAGUUACUAUUGGUCAGCUGUCUGUUGUCAAGACAAACAUAACACUAAUAAGUUUACUUCCUGGGGCUACGUGUUAGAGAUGAUAGGUGAUGGGACCUCAAAGGCAGAUCUCUACGAUCUGGAUCUUCUGAAUAAGGGCCUUACAUAUGAAUAUAACGCACCCUUUAAGGUGUUUGGGGCCAUUCAAGGCUGUUCUUAA